AUAUUGUCUUCUGUCUUUGGGACAUUCAGUAGUUAUUUUCUUCAUUUCUUGAUUGUAGAUUUGUUUGUUUUGUUCUGCUUUUUUGUUUUAUUUGGUUAUGUCUGAGCAGGUGGGCUGUGUGUUCAUUGUUGUUUUCUUGUUUGUAGUCAUAAUUUUCACCUCCUUGUCCAAUGGGCAGACCCAGUCAUUCAGCUAUGGUGCAGCAGGGCAGGUCCAGCUGAAGGGGAAGGGAUGGGAUAGAUUGUUUGUGGCACAUACUAGGGCCAACAGGGCAGGCCGGGAAUCAGUCCUGGGAAGGUUCCAGUAGGCUGUGCCUGUGAUGUUCCGGGAUGUGAUGUUCAGUACAUGGUACAGGUAGGCAGGAAAAAGGGGGGAGGUUGUGAUAUGUGGAGCUAAUAGUGGUAUGCAAAAGAGGAGAGAAGAGAGAAAAACAGGAGCCAAAAACAAAGACAAAAAAAUAAAGAGUGUUAACAGAGCUUGCCACUGGAGUGGAGAGAUGAGAAACUGAGAAAUGGAGAAAAGGAAAAAGAAAAAGUGAAAAAGAAAGAAAAAAUAACUUCAUAAAAAUUUGGAAAAGUAAAGAAAACCCCCCAGGAGUCCGAGCAGUAGGGCUGCUAUGACUGGGGAAGUAGCCCCCAGGCUGUGCAGUAUAGCCUGGCUAGAGGGGAUCUAGAGGUCACAUAGUACCAGGUAUUCAGGAGACAGGAAAAGAAGAUAAGUGUAGAGAGAUGAGAACUGAGAAAUGAAGACAGACAGAAAAAGAGAGAGAAUAGAAAAAAAGAAAGAAAGAAAUGCCCCCAGGGAUCCCACCUAGCAGCUGCACAGAUUGGGGAAGUGGCUCCUAAGCCGUGCAGUGCAGCCUGGCGAGAAGGGGCUCCCAAGCUGUGAAAAGAAAAAGAAAACAACAAACAAAACAGAACAAAGCAAUACAAAACAAGGGGAAAAAAAGCCCCAGGGAUCCCACCAGCGUGGUGUCACAGGCUGGGAGAGUGGUCCCUCAGUUCAGUGUGGUUUUACAGCCUUUCAAAAAGAAGCAAAGAUGGCACAUGGAGCUAGGUCCUCCUGAGAAAGGAGGGGGAGGUGGGAGGAGGCACAGAAGAAACCAACAGAGAAAGAACCAACACCAGCUGAGGGGGCCGGCCAGCGUGGGCAGGGCGAAUCCAAGCAGCCCUAGGCCAAAGCAGUUGCCUCGUGGCCAGGAGAGUACUGCUGGCAGGAGGCAGAGGAGGCUGAAGGGGCGGGGGGAAGAGGGCUUAGGAAAGCGCACAUCGCUCAUUACCGGUGCCCUGUCUCGUGCUGGGAACUUGGCGAAGCUGCUUUUCCAUACUCCCUGUCCGCCAGUCUCCGGCAUGGGUGGGGCGAAUCCAAGCUGCACACACGCUGCACUUCCCAGAUGGCCAAGCCACAGCAGCCAGCCCGGAAGCUUGGAGUUUCUGACUUUCCCUUCCAGGUUGUCUACUUGGAUGCUUCCAAAUCUGACAUGGAUGCACCUUGGUCCUUCAGAAGUGAAUGCUGAAUUCUUAUUCUCAAAAUUCAAAAAUUCUGCUACACAUUCAAAAAAAGAUUCCAACAUUCCAUUCCAGGGCCCCAUUUCCAGCCAUGGAACACUGCAUGGAAUCCUAAUGUUCCGCUUUCUUCAUAACGCUUUGAGCAGGAUUGCUGAUCAGAGACGCUUCCUACUGUGUUCCAACCUGAAGCUGGAACAGGAAAUCACCAAGAAAGGAUAUUUCAAGCAUCAGCUAACAGGACGGCAGGUUUCCCUGACCCACCUGGCUCCCCGAGCAGUAUCAGAUGGAGCUGAAGCCUCGCCAGUGAGCCCGGCUAUUGUGGAUUGGGAAAUCUGGUCCUUAGUCUAUGCUGGCAGAAAUGAUUAAAUGAUUCUUAGGAUUAAGGUAGGGUCACUGGGAGGUACAAAUGAUUCAUGCGCUCGGCUGCUAACUGAAGGUUUGGCGGUUCAAGUACGCCCAGCUGCACCACUGUGGAAGAAAGGCCUGGGGAUCAACUUCUGAAAAAUUAGCCAUUGAGAACCUUAUGGAGCACAGUUCCAUUCUGUCAUGCAUGGGGUCGUCAUAGGUUGGAGUCAACCCAACAGUAGCAGGUUUGGCUUUAGGAGUAAGAAAGGGAAGCAUAGAGGAGUAUUGUACUUUGACUUCUGGUCUCAGCUUCAUUUACAGCUCUAGUGACUAGCUCCAUCCAUGUUCCAUAACCCCUGCAAAUAGUCCAUUGUUUAUGUGACAGUUUUAGCUAGAUGCAUUCCUGUGCAUUACACGUGGCAUCCCUGAUGUAUAUACAGUAUGUAUACAGUCUAAAUGGGCCGGUGGAACACAGCCCAUUGCUUCUUAAUGCUCUAUGUCUAGCUAUAAUAGGUACUUAGCAGGAAAGCCUCUGAAAAUGAUUUGUGUCAUCUCAUUUUUGCUUAUUACACAGAGUAGCUUGCUGCCUUUAUUCUGUAUACUUACAAGUCCAACUCAGGUAGGCAGGUCUCUCAGCUUUCAAACCUAAGGAGAAGAGCGUCUGAAUUUUUUCUGGUCUUGCUAAUACUGUUAAAAGCUGUUCUGACGAUAGCUUUUAUGAGAGGAAAUGCUUUCUGAUGAAAAUUUCCUUGUUAGCGCACUCCUGAGAAAUUCUGGGUCAGAUCAAACUGAACCAAAUUUGUCUCCUGCUUGAUUAAAAAAAAAAAAAAAGAAGUUUUUUCUUUUUUUUGUUGAUACAGCCCUCCUCUGCAGCCUGUCCCAGAGUCUGGGCCUCUCAAGACGCUCGUUGCUUCUCCAGUAAGCAUUGUGCAGAAGCAAUCUUAGUCAAAAUCUCCAUAAAACUAGGGGAUCUCUCUGGAAUGUUCUGCCUUUAACUUCUGCCUUUUUAUAAUGAGUUAAUUCUUCUUCUCUUAAAUUCCUAUUAGUUUUAAGAUAUUUGAACCUUGUUAACUAUAUAUAGCUAAUAAAGUUCAAAUAACUUAAAUAUAUAUACGGAGCCUUGGUGAUGCAGUGGUUAAGCACUUAGGUGCUAACUGAAAGGUCGGCAGUUCGAACCCACUAGCUGCUCCAAGGAAGAAAGAUGUGGCAGUCUGCUUCCAUAAAGAUUACAGCCUUGGAAACCCUAUGGGGCAGUUCCGCUGUUUCCUAUAGGGUCGCUAUUAGUUGGAAUCAACUUGACAGCAACAUUUUUAUAUAUAACCUACCACUGCCAUUGAGGCGAUUCCAACUCAUAGUGAACAUAUAAGACAAGGUAGAACCGCCCUAGAGGUUUUCCAAGACUGUAAAUCUUUAUGGAAGCAGACUGCCACAUCUUUGUUUUUAUGUUGUAGUCCUCAGUGCAUGCAAAUAUACACCCUAUUGGUUGGAGAUUUGAGCCUACUCAAAAGAAAGGCUUGUGAUCUGCUUCUGAAAAAUCAGCCAUUGAAAACCCUGUGGAGAACAGUUCUACUCUGGCACACCUGGGGUUGUCAUGAGCCAGAAUUGACUCACUGGUUUACAGGCAACUGACAAUGUGCUGUGUGUCCAGAAACCAACAAACACAGGAUUUGCCUCUACUGCGUUUUGUCAUUCUUCCUGAGGGAGAAAGUUGGGCCAGCGCUUCCUCCUUACUGCUGCCUUCUCCUGCUCUCUGCUCUCUCCUUGACCUCCUUACACAUCAAAUUCCCUGUCACUGUGGGAGUCGAAAGCACUUGCAUUCAUUUUAGCAGGUAUGAGAAAAGAAAAGAAAAAAAGAAUUCUCCUUGUCUAUUUUUCCUCUUACUCUGGUAAACGCCAACAGCGCCUCAUUGAAUGGACGGCAUUUCUGUUUCAGCUGUCCUUGGAUUCUUUGUUUUCUUUAUUUUUGGAAGUUGCCAGCAAUGUUAUUUCUGAAAAACUGUUCAUGAUUCAUCUUUCAGGCCUACUAAGAAAAGUCAUGUCAGCUCAUGCCCUUUAUGCAGUAGGGGAAGGCAUUUCGAGAUGGGGUAUUCAUAAAAUACUCCACAAUCAAGUCUUUCUGAGCGCACAAUCAAUUCACCAAACUUAGAGAUUUGUUUUUUAAGUGCAUAAAUAAAAAUAACCCUCAAAUGGGCAGUCACAAACUUCCAGUGUAGUAUAACCCACUAAGUUAACGUGAAGUCCCAGAAACAAGGAAGGAGUGAAUGUAAUACAGCUAAUAAAAUGCAAAUAUCUUAAAACUAAUUGGAAUUUGAAAAAAAGAAGAAGAUGAAGAAAAAUUAACAAAUUACAAAAAGGCAGAAGUUAAAGCGAUCAUUCCAGAGAGAUCCCUAGUGAGCACUAGGAGAAAUCAUUAAACCAAAUGAAUGCAACAUUGUCGUGGGCUGGAACAGGCAGGUUGCCAUGGAGUAAUGAGCCACACACAGUCUCUCGGCACCUUCAUCACUCCCCAAUUUUGGGUGAAGUAACUUUGGAAGUGGAAUCAACUUGUUUAAGGACAGAAACCUCAUCAGAGCAAUGUUUACUGUUGAAAAGUGUUCUCUACAAAAUGUGACAUUCUUGGCUUCCUCCAAUGAGGCAUAGCUAAGGAAGAGAGGCACGCUCUCAUUAAGAACUGUUGUGACAUAUCACCACCACCCGUUUGUCAAUUUGUCGUACUGCGGUGGCUGGGGUGUUGCUGUGAUGCUGGAAGACAUGCCGCCAGUAUUUCAAAUACCAGCAGGGUCACCCAUGGUGAAUAGUUUUCAGCAGAGCUUCCAGACUAAGAAGAAAGGCCGGGUGAGCUACCUCCAAAAACCAGCCAGUGAGAACCCUGUGGUUCAUGACAGAAUAUCAUCGGAUGUAGUGCUGGUAGGUGAGCAUCCUAGGUUGGAAGGCAUUAUAGAGUGACCCAACAAUGGACUCAGACAUCCAAUGGUCAUGCAGAUGGUGCAGGACCAGGCGGUGCUUUCGCUUCUCCAUGAGUCGAAGCCUCCUUGACAGCAGCUAACAACAGCAACGUGACAUGUUCAACAGUCCCAACAUAUGGGCCCCACAUGCAGGUAGUGUGUUUAGGGGCAAAGCAGAAUGUAGUUAAUUAAACCUUGAUAAUGUGAAAUAAUUUAAAAGAGCCUUAAAAUACCAAGUGUCUUGACAUGGAAGGAGAAGUUGAGAAGGACAUCCAUUCUUUAUUAUCUAUUUGUUUAAUGUUACUUGACUGAAAUCCUUUACAAAGAAGGCAAACACAGAAUAAUUCUUGCUGAACAAAUAACUAUAAGGACACCUGAGCUGACAGUUAAUUUAUUGAAUGCUUUUCCUUGUGUUAUAGAAUAUAAAUGACAACAAUACGUACCCACACACUCUUGACUUUGUAAUUUAUUAUUAGCAUUGUGAGACAGUCAUAUCUUGACUUUAAGUGUCUUGCAGUGUAAUGGUCUUUUGAAUGGGAGGCUUGUCUUUUUAGACCUGGGUAAGCAGUUCCAUUUUCAUGGAACACAACCGUUGUUUGUAAAUGUGGUUCCAUUUCUUAUUAAUCCGUUCAAGAGCCUUGCUGCAUCUAUUCAUGUCUCUUUUGCCUUUUUUUUCCCCCCAAACCCUGGAAAUAUUUUCCUCAGUAUAGACUAAAGCAAUUCAAUUUUAAGCAUUCAGAACCUUAAACCUUAAUGGCCAACUGCUUGAAACGUUUUGGAAAUCAUUUUGGAUAAACAUCCACACUUUCCUAACACUUUGAUGGUUAUGAUCAUUAAAGUACUAUGCCAUUAACGGAAGAUUAUAAAUCAAAGCACUUAGGAGAGGAGAAAUGAAAUUAGAAAAGGGUCCCAGUAGGAUGGAUUAUCGAAUAAAAACAAUAUCUUCUUAAGAUUCAGUGGAUCCCAUGAUCAUCAGAAUUUCCAGUGACAAAUCAGAUUUUCUUUCUGUUAUGGAUUGUAUUAUGCCCCCCUCCAAAAAAAGGUAUGUUGAAAUUCUAUGUACCUUUAAAUAUGGCCCUGUUUGGAAAUAGAGGUUUUCUUUUGUUAUGUUAAUAGAGCCACACCAAGGUAAGGUGGAUCCUAAACCUAAUCAUUACCGAGUGGUUAUUGUUGUUAGGUGCCCUCGAGUUGGUUCCAACUGGUGGCGACACUAUGCACAACAACAAAAUACUGCCCAGUCCUGCGCCAUCCCAUCCUUAGAAUCAUUAUUACUCUUGAGUCCGUUGUUGCAGCCACUGUGUCAACCCACCUCAUUGAGGGUCUUCCUCUUUUCCGCUGACCCUGUACUCUGCCAAGCAUGAUGUCCUUCUCCAGGGACUGAUCCCUCCUGACAACAUGUCCAAAGUAUGUAAGAUGAAGUCUCGCCAUCCUUGCCUCUAAGGAGCAUUCUGGCCGCACUUCUUCCAAGACAGAUUUGUUUAUUCUUUUGGCAGUCCCUGGUAUAUUCAAUAUUCUUCACCAACACCACAAUUCAAAGGUGUCAACUCUUCUUCGGUCUUCCUUAUUCAUUGUCCAGCUUUCACAUGUAUAUGAUGUGAUUGAAAAUACCAUGGCUUGGGUCAGGCGCACCUUAGUCUUCAAGGUAACAUCUUUGCUUUUCAACACUUUAAAGAGGUCCUUUGCAGGAAAGGACAUGCUGCAAAGGACCUCUUUUGAGUGGUUAUCUUAUAAAAACAGCAGAACAUACACAGAGACACACACACAGGAGAAGACGGACCCUACGUGAGAACUCAUCUACAAGCCGAGGAGCACCAAGGGUCACCAGCAGACACCAGAAACUAGGAGUGAGGCCACAGGAGAAACUGGCACAGCUGAGGCUCUGAUCUGGAUUUUUAGCUUCCAGAAAUGAGAAAAUAGGUUUCUGUUUUUUAAAACCACUCGUGUGGUAUUUUUUGCCACUGUGGCACUUGGUAGCCAAGACAGUCAUCCUUAUUACAAUUUUUGGAAAGUGUUGGAGAUGUGCAUUGUUUGACCCAUUCAGAGCAGGAGGAAGGGCAAGGCCCCUGCGAUUUUGAUACUUGAUAAACCAAGCCCAUUAUUAGGGUCCCAUGCCCUCUCUUCCCACCCUGUGUAUCUUGGACUCGUUUCCCCUCCAGCCUCACCUCAUCGCCCCUCCCUACAGCACCAGCCCAGUCAUACUGGCUUCCCUUCUGUUCUGUGACCAUGACGAACCUGCCUCCUGCCAGGCUCUCCGGAUUUGUGCUUCUUUUUGCCUGGAAUGCUCUGUCUCCAGCCAUUUGAGUAGCUGGUUUGUUUCCACUCUUCACAGCUUGUCUCAAGAUGUACUUCACUUUGUAGAUUGUUUCCAAAGACAAUUAGUCUGUCUCUGCACAAGUACGCCAAUCCUCUCAUCCAAAGGUGGAACUUGUUUCCCUUCCUCUUGAAUCUCGGCUGGUCUUACCUCUCUCUUUGACUAGCAGGAUGCAGCAGAAGUGACAUCCUGGGAACUCCAAGCCAGGCCUUCAGAAGCUAUGUAGCUCUUGCUUUUGUUCUGUUGGGAUUCAGACUUUAGCUCAUGUUAAAAACCUCAUACCGUCACAUGUCAAGGAAAAGAGAAUGGCGUUUUUUAGUAGCUUCAGUGGAUUAGAGGGAGGUUAUUCUUUCCCGGAAUUAUCAGAAAGCAGCCUCUCUAGUCUCACUAACACUGGUUGGGUUCUGCAACCAUCUCUGAACCAGUAUCUGUGGGCAGGAAGAAGAGACACAUCUAUUGCCUUAAUGCAGCUGGGGUGCAAGAGAAGGUGUCUCAUUUUUGCAGAACGAGCAACCACUUAGAUGUAUCAGAAGGGAAUAAAUCACGGCCAUCACCUCCAGACUGUUUUUAGCAGUUUAAAUAAUACAUAUUGGGAAAGUCUACCCAUAUUUAUGACCCAGAGAUUUGCUAUUUACUCCUUCUUCUGCCUCAGGUUUUUGACUCAGCAACAAUACAAUGUGUAAAUCUGCCAGUGAAGACAUUUCCUGGAAAUUUGAAUUCAUGACUUGAAAUAUUUGCAGUAGUUUUCUCUAGGAGAGUGUUUCUUACUAUGUUAGGUAUGUCCCAGACUGUAUCUUUUCAUGUUUUUAUCUCUAAUAUCUAACCCAGUCUUGCACAUGGUAGAAGCAAUGUAUUUUGGGAAAAUACAAAUACUUAUAAUGACUGCUGGUUUUUUCCCCCCACUUUUAAAGAGGAAAUAAAAUCUAUGCAUUUAAAGCUAUUGAAAUAGUCUCAAAGUGUAGAAAAUUUUAAAGAAGGUUGUUCAACAAAUAUAAGGUGUCAAAAUAGAAUUCAUUUGAGUAGAAUUCAAUAAGUCUUCAGAAUUUGAGAAGGAAUAUGAUGAAUGCUUUGGGGGAAUAUGAAACAGAGUUUAGUUUAUGCUGUAUUUAUUUUGCAGUUCUCAAGGGUAAAUGGAAGACUUUUUGGAUUUUUUCCAUUGAGGGCUUGGAGCCCCAAAAUUAAAUUUAUGUUAUGGGUUAAUUUACUGUUUUGGAGAAAAUUAGGAUUAAUAAAUCAUUAAUUUUUCUUUCUUAGUAAACAAUGUUAGACCUCUGAAUUCUUAGCUCCAAGGUGGUUUACAUGUCAGCGCCCUCCGAGUUCUUAGCUCUGAGGUGGUUUACAUGUCACCGCCCUCCGAGUUCUUAGCUCUCAGGUGGUUUACAUGUCAGCACCGUCUGAGUUCUUAGCUGUAGGGUGGUUUACAUGUUAGAACCCUCUGAGGCCUUAGCUCUAAGGUGGUCUACAUGUCAGCACCCUGUGGCCUGGGCUUCCUAGGAAGCAUUUCAUCAACACAGUCACCACAUGUCACUAAAUCUCAUGGCUCAGUGGGAAAAACCAUUCAUCAGAAGCUGUUGUCACAAAGUACCAUAAAACAACAACAAAAACAUCCAUAACCCUUAUUUCUCUUUCAUCCCUUCUUCUUGUCCUCUUCUAUUUUCUUCCAUACCUUCUUUAUUUUCUUUUUCUACCUUUGUCUGCAACUAGUUAUUUUUGGUGUAAUGACUCUGUGUAUUCCUUCAAUCUUCUUUUGAUACUUCCUGUGUCAUUUAAUAUUUUCCCCCAUAGAAUCCUUCACUAUUGCAACUCGAGGCUUGAAUUUUUUCCUCAGUUCUUUCAGCUUGAGAAAUGUCAAGCAUGUUCUUCCCUUUUGAUUUUCUAUCUCUAGCUCUUUGCACACAUCAUUAUAAUACUUUACUUUGUCUUCUCAAGCUGCCCUUUUAAAUCUUCUGUUCAGCUCUUUUACUUCAUCGUUUCUUCCUUUUGCUUUAGCUGCUCGACAUUCGAGAGCAAGCCUCAGAGUCUCCCUUGACAUCCAUAUUGGUAUUUUAUUUCUUUCCUGUCUUUUCAAUGACCUCUUGCUUUCUUCACAUAUGAUGUCCUUGAUGUCAUUCCACAACUCAUCUAGUCUUUGGUCAUUCGUGUUCAAAGUGUCAAAUCUAUUCUUGAGAUGGUCUCCAAAUUCAGGUGGGAUAUACUCAAGGUCGUACUUUGGCUCUCGUGGACUUGCCCUGAUUUUCUCCAGUUUCAGCUUGAACUGGCAUAUGAGCAAUUGACGGUCUGUUCCACAGUUGGCCUCUAGCCUUGUUUUUACUGAUGAUAUUGAACUUUUCCAUCAUCUCUUUCCACAGAUGCAGUAGAUUUGAUUCCUGUGUAUUUCAUCUGGUGGGGUCCAUGUGUAUAGUUGCUGUUUAUGUUAGUGAAAAAAGGUAUUUGCAAUGAAAAAGUCAUUGGUCUUGCAAAAUUCAAUCACACGAUCUCCAUCAUCAUUUCUAUCACCAAGGCCAUAUUCUCCAACUACGGUUCCUUCUUCUUUGUUUCCAACUUCUGCGUUCCAACCACCAGUAAUUAUCAAUGCAUCCUGAUUGGAUGUUCAAUCAAUUUCAGACUGCAGAAGCUGAUAAAAAUCUUCAAGUUCUUCAUCUUUGGCCUUAGUGUUUGGGGCAAAAAUUUGAAUAAUGGUCGUAAUUAACUGGUCUUCCUUGUAGGCGUAUGUAUUUUAUCCUAUCACUGACAGCAUUGUACUUCAGGAUACAUCUUGAAAUGUCCUUUUUGAUGACGAAUUCAACAGCAUUCCUCUUCAAGUUGUCAUUCCCUGCAUAGUAGACUAUAUGAUUGUCCGAUUCAAAAUGGCCAAUACCAGUCCAUUUCAGCUCACUAAUGCCUAGGAUAUCGAUGUUUAUGCAUUCCAUUUCAUUUUUGACCAUUUCCAAGUUUCCUAGACUCAUGCUUUGUACAUUCCAAGUUUCAAUUAUUAAUGGAUGUUUGCAGCUAUUUCUUCUCAUUUUGAGUGGUGCCACAUCAGCAAAUGAAGGUCCCAAAAGCUUUACUCCAUCCAUGUCAUUAAGGUUGACUCUAGUUUGAGAAGGCAGUUCUUCCCCAGUCAUCUUUUGAGUGCCUUCCAACCUGGGAGGCUCAUCUCCCAGCACUAUAUCAGACAAUGUUCCCCUGCUAUUCAUAAGGUUUUCACUGGCUAAUUCUUUUCAGAAGUAGACUGCCAGGUCUUUCUUCCUAGGAAUACAUAGAGUCAUUAUACCAAAAAUAGUCGACAUUCAACCAUUUCAAGAGGUAGCCUAUUAUAGGGAACCAGUGGUACUGAAGGAAGAAGUCCAAGCUUCACUGAAGACAUUGGCAAAAAACAAGGCUCCAGGAAUUGACAGCAUAUCAAUUGAGAUGUUUCAACAAACGGAUGCAGCACUACAAGUGCUCACUCAUCUAUGUCAAGGAAUUUGGAAGACAGCUACCUGGCCAACCAGCUGGAAGAGAUCCAUAUUUACACCAAUUCCAAAGAAAGGUGACCCAACCGAAUGUGGAAAUUAUCGAACAAUAUCAUUAAUAUCAUAUGCAAGCAAAAUUUUGCUGAAGAUGAUUUAAAAGCAGGUGCAACAGUAUACUGACAGUGAACUGCUAGAAAUUCAGGCCAAAUUCAAAAGAGGACAUCAUUGCUGAUGUCAGAUGGAUCCUGGCAGAAAGCAGAGAAUACCAGAAAGAUGUUUACCUGUGUUUUAUUGACUAUGCAAAGGCAUUCAACUGUGUGGAUCAUAACAAAUUAUGGGUAACAUUGUGAAGAAUGGGAAUUCCAAAACCAUUAAUUGUGUUCAUGAGGAACCUGUACAUAGAUCAAGAGGCAGUUGUUCAGACAGAGCGACAGAAAGAGGGGAUACUGCAUGGUUUAAAGUCAGGAAAGGCAUGCAUCGGGGUUGUAUCCUUUCACCAUACCUAUUCAAUGUGUAUACUGAGCAGAUAAUCCGAAAAGCUGAACUAUAUGAAGAAGAAUGGGGCAUCAAGAUUGGAGGAAGACUCAUUAACAACGUGCACUAUGCAGAUGACACAACCUUGCUUGUUGGAAGUGAAGAGGACUUGAAGCACUUACUGAUGAAGAUCAAAGACCAUAGCCUUCAGUAUGGAUUACACCUCAACAAAAAGAAAAUAAAGAUCCCCACAACUGGACUAGUAAGCCACAUCAUAAUAAACAGAGAAAAGAUUGAAGUUUACAGGAUUUCAUUUUACUCGGAUCCACAAUCAAUACCCAUGGAAGCAGCAGUCAAGAAAUCAAAAGACGCAUUGCAUUGAACAAAUCUGCUGCAAAGGACCUCUUUAAAAUGUUGAAAAGCAAAGAUGUCGCCUGGAAGACUAAGGUGCUCCUGUCUCAAACCAUGGUAUUUUCAAUCACAUCGUAUGCAUGUGAAAGCUGGACAAUGAAUAAGGAAGACUGAAGAAGAAUUGACGCCUUUGAAUUGUGGUGUUGGUGAAGAAUAUUGAAUAUACCAUGGACCGUCAAAAGAACGAACAAAUCUGUCUUGGAAGAAGCACAACCAGAAUGUUCUUUAGAAGCAAGGAUGGCGAGACUGCGUCUUACAUGCUUUGGACAUGUUGUCUGGAGGAAUCAGUCCCUGGAGAAGGACAUCAUGCUUGGUAAAGUACAGAGUCAGUCAGUGAGAUAGAAUGACACAGUGGCUGCAACAAUGGGCUCAAGCAUAACAAUGAUUGUAAGGGUGGUGCAGGUCAAGGCAGUGUUUUUUCCGUGGUACAUAGGGUCGCUAUGAGUCAGAACUGACUCGAUGGCACCUAACAACAACAACGACAACAACCUUUGUCUGCAUGUUCAUCUUCUAGUUCACUCAGAUCUCUGUCCUCUCCCCUCUACAGCAUCAUCUACUUUAUUGACUCAAUUUCCUCAUCACCUUGCCGCUUCAUACCUCCAUGCAGUCUGGCUUUGUCUCCAUGCUCUCUUGAGAAUGUCUAUUCACUCACUCAGAUCCUGAAUGAGCACCCAUAGGUGCUCACACUCAAUGAUGAACACAGAGAGUUCACAAUAUGGCAAUUCCCAGGUUUUCAAUUCCAAUACUCAGUUGUCUGUUCUUACCGAAUACAUCCUCCUUGGCUGCUGUCCUUUAUGGUCAUGUUGCUCACCCUCUUUUUUUAAAACCCUCUCUUCUGUUUAUUCAUUACGGAGUAACUCAGAAAUAAAGUAUGCCUGAUGUAAGACCCAGUGCAGUUGGUCUCACUACUUUAUAAUUUCAAUUCUUCUUCUUAUGACUACUCUGCCUUUUUCUUCUGAAGGAGAAUCUAGCAUGGAACCAAUGGGCAUUAUUUACCAGGUUGGUUAAUCCUACUCCCAAGGAUCUAAUUCUCACACCUCUGUGAUGUAGUUAGUUUAUAAAUAAGGAGAAUGAGUCACAGUGAUAUUGUCUAAAUUGCCAAAUAGUAGAGUCCAGACAUAAACAGAUAUUUAUGCCAUUGACAUAAACCAUGACAAUAUGCUUCUACUUUUGACGUGUACAGUGAGAAUGGAAGGUGAAUACAGAUUACUACAGCUAUUUUGCAUAAGGGAAGAAAAAACUGAGGUUUGAAGAAGCUAAGGGGGAAUGCUCUAGGUGGUGUAGCGUGAAGAAUUUAGCAAUGGACAGUGGUUGCUUAAGUUUCAAGCUCUCUCCAAUAUUUCUUAUUCCUGAGAAUGAUUUCUUUGGUAGUCAUGAUGAAGCUGUGUGUCAAGACUGUAUUAGCGCUAAUUAUAUAAAAAAAAAAUCAAACAUUAGUAGCCAAACAUAAAAAAGUUGUAUUCUUACUUAUACUUAACGUGCAAAAUAUGUAAUUGAAUUCAUCCUAUUUAGAAACACUGUAUCACGUGUUGAUUCCAGUGUGCCCCUGACAAUGGUGCCAUAUUCUCUCACACUCAGGACUGUGAUGAAUGGCCAUGACAUCACUUUUACGGCAGGUCGUAUAGACCUCUUUUGGGAAAAGCCCAGUCAAGGGAGGCAAAGCCUACAGUGUCUAUGUAGCCACGGCUGCUGUUCCCUCUCCAGGAGACAGGAUUUAACUCAGGGCAUCCAUGAAAUGGAGCCCUGGUGGUGUGGUGAUGAAGUGUUUGUCUGCUAACCGAAAGGUUGGCAGCUGCAUUCCACCAGUCACUCUUGGAAACUCUUUAGGGCAGAUCCACUCUGUCCUAUAGGGUUGCUAUGAGUCAGAAACCAUUCAAAGGUGUGGGUUUCCAUGAAAUCCCAAAUUAAAGGGUAGAGCCUAUUAUCUCUAGUCAUCAAAACUUUUCUGAGGAAUUGCUAUUGCAAUGUGUUGCGUGUUAUUACUCUCCGUUUUUACUUAAAGAGAAAUGUAAUGCCUGUUGGAUCAAAGGCAGGAAUCAAUAAGGUGGAGAAUUAGUACUUGACAGAAUGCCUCCAAAACCACUGUGUCAUAAUAUAAGAAGCAAGACAGAUAAGAAUUGGAUGCAACAGACCUGGCCUCUUACAUUUUUUACAAAACCCAAAGCUACAGUACACCACCCCAGGCCUCUUUCUCAGAACCAGCUCAUUGCCCACUGUUUUUGUACACAUUGUUUUCUGCUCUCUCCCACUUUUCCUUCCUCUCUGUAGGUAGCGUCACUGUUUUACAGGUCGAGCUGGCACAGUGUGAGUUACAGCGGCAGAGCAGCAUGACGAUCCCGGCUGCCCUACGGUUGCAUUCGGUGUGUUCUGCCUUGGGAAGCCUGACGUUCCUUCCACCCACGCAGCCCUUCCCAUCCAUCGGAUUGCCCGCCGCCAUCUGCAGACGCGCCGCAGCGCUGAGAUUUCUGUGUCGCUAUUUAAGGCUCUUAGGUUUGGCAAUUUCGGGCUGUUCAUCUGGCCAAACAAUAAUAUGCUAAUUAACCUGCUUGACCUAAAUUACACAGCGCUUGAGGAUGUUCCGCCAACCCAAUCGCUCAACCGGCUGCGCUGCCUGACCCGCAGUUCUGCGCGCACCGGCCUUCCGUCAGGAAACAAACGGAGAGCAGGCUGCUGCACUCCGUCAUUCAGGAGGGAAUUAAUUAUCUGCAGUUUACCGAAGGAAAUUUAUAUUUCAUUUGUUUUUUAUGAUUAUACCAAUAUUUCACAAUUAAUGUGCACACUGGCAGGGGCCAGAAAUUUACUUUCUUUUCCAGGAUUAUCUGUAUUGUUUAGUUUGCUGAAACACUGAAAAGGAAGUGUAGACAUUGGCGUUUAUUCUAACUCCUGCACUGGAUGUGAAAUUCAAGAUUCACGUGUGAAUUCAGAGUUGAUGGCCACCAGAAGCUAUACACAAAGUUUUAUAUGUGUGUGUCCACAGGGGAGCCCUGGGGAUGCAGUGGUUAAGAACUUGGCUGCUCUCCAAAAGGUCAACAGUUUGUACCCAUCAGCCACAUCUUGGAAACCCUAUGGGGCAGUUCUGCUCUGUCCCAUAGUGUUACUAUGAGUUGGAAUCGACGUGAGGGCAAUGGGGGUGGGUGUCCAUAGUAUUUUACUGGGAGACAUUUUCUUAAAGUCUCAAAACCAGUUCCUGAUUGGGGGAAAAAAAAAAAAAAAUCAUUGGCUACUCAUGAUGGUCCUUUCUUUAAUAAUCUCCUUUCUGUAAGCCCAUGUGUCUGGUUUCCUUAUGAUUAUUUGAUAUGUAAUGCUGAUUGAUGGUUUAUUGGCAUAACCACCCACCACCAACAAUCUCUCACCUAAGCAGAGUUCAAAUAAAUGAAACUCUCUGAUAACCAGAGACAAAUUAAAACACUGGUGCUAUUGGGGCACAUUAUUGCAGGGGAGCUCUUAAAGGGCUAAAAUUUCUAACAAGUUCAACGCAGUGCUAAAAUUCCUCAGAGACCAGAGACUAAAAUCUCCUGAUAUCUCUUGAUGACAGAGGAACAAGAGAAGAACUUAGAGAAAGCAAAUUAUCUGGUAGAGAGAAGAGAAGUUAAGAGAAACAAAUGGAAAAUGGAAGAGAAUGUAUAGAAAAUUACCAGGGAUCUUUUUAAAAAGCAUGAAUAUGUAUGCAAUAAAGAGAAGCAACCAGAAAGCUAGCUGCAUGCUCCUGCAGACACAGCUCCUCAUAGGAAUCACCUGGGGCUCUCCUUAAGCUUCUAUGUUGCAAUUAAUCAUUUUUGUAUGGCCUUUCUAACCAUGGUCUUGUAACUCUCUCAAAAUGAUUGCAGGAACUAUGGAAACUGAGUGAUUUAUAAUCUACCAAGGGGUUUGGUCAGCUCUGGUCUGGGUAGGAGGACCAUAUGUUGUAACUGACAAGGAGUAGGAAACCCUGGUGGUGUAGGGGUUAAGUGCUAUGGCUGCUAACCAAGAGACCAGCAAUUCAAAUCCACCAAGAGCAUCUUGGAAACUCUUUGGCGGCAGUUCUACUCUGCCCUAUAGGGUUCCUAUGAGUUGCAAUUGACUCAACGGCAAUGGUUUUGGCUAUUUGAUUUGGAGGCUUACAUACCAAAAAGAAUUGGUUGACAUUCAACCAUUUCAGGUAGCAUAUGAUCAGGAACCAAUUGUACUGAAGAAAGAAGUCCAACCUGCACUGAAGGCAUUGGCGAAAAACAAGGCUCCAGGAAUUGACAGAAUAUCAAUUGAGAUGUUUCAACAAAUGGAUGCAGUGCUGGAGGUACUCAGUUGUCUAUGCCAAAAAAUUUGGAAGACAGCUGUCUGGCCAACUGACUGAAAGAGGUCCAUAUAUGUGCCUAUUCCCUACAAAGGUGAUCCAAGUGAAUGCAGAAAUUACUGAACAAUAUCAUUAAUAUCACACAAAAGUAAAAUUUUGCUGAAGAUCAUUCAAAAUGGGCUGCAGCUGUAUAUUGACAGGGAACUGCCAGAAAUUUAAGCCAGAUUCAGAAGAGGAUGUCGAACCAGGUAUAUCAUUGCUGAUGUCAGAUAGAUCCUGGCUGAAAGCAGAGAAUACCAGAAAGAUAUUUACCUGUGUUUUAUGGACUAUGCUAAAGCAUUCGAUUGUGUGGGUCAUAUGAAAUUAUGGAUAACGUUGCAAAGAAUGGGAAUUCCAGAUCACUUAAUUUUGCUCAUGAAGAACCUGUACAUAGAUCAAGAGGCAGUUGUUUGAACAGAACAAGGGGAUGCUGCUUGGUUUAAAAUCAGGAAAGGUGUGCGUCUGGGUUGUAUUCUUUCACCAUACCUAUUCAGUCUGUACCUUGAGCAAAUAAUCCAAGAAGCUGAACUAUAUAAAGAAGAAUGAGGUAUCAGGAUUGGAGGAAGACUCAUUAACAACCUGCAUUAUACAGAUGACACAACCUUGUUUGCUGAAAAUGAAGAGGACUUGAAGUACUUACUGAUGAAGAUCAAAGACCACAGUAUUUAGUAUUGAUUAAAACUCAUCAUAAAGAAAAUGAAAAUCCUCACAACUGAAUCAAUAAGUGACAUGUUAAAGGGAGAAAAGAUUGAAAUUGUCAAGGAUUUCAUUUUACUUGGGUCCACAAUCAACAUACAUGGAAGCAGUAAUCAGGAAAUCGAAAAAUGCACUGCAUUGGGCAAAUCUGCUGCAAAAGACCUCUUUAAAGUUUUGAAAAGCGAAGAUGUCACCUUGAAGACUAAGGUGCACCUGACCCAAGCCAGGGUAUUUUCAGUUGCCUCAUAUGCAUGUGAAAGCUGGACAAUUAAUAAGGAAGACCAAAGAAGAACUGACACCCUUGAAUUUUGAUGUUGGUGAAGAAUAUUGAAUAUACCACGGACUGCCAAAGAAGUACAACCAGAAUGCCCCUUAGAGGCAAGGAUGGUGAGACUACAUCUCACAUAGUUUGGACAUGUUAUCAGGAUAUCUCAAUCCCUGGAGAAGGACAUCAUGCUUGGUAGGGUAGAGGGUCAGUAAAGGAGAGGAAGUCCCUCAGUAAGAUGGAUGUGACACAGUGCCUGCAACGAUGGGCUCAAGCAUAACAAGGAUUGUGAGAAUGGUGCAGGACAGGCCAGUGUUUUAUUCUGUUGCACAUGGAGUCACUACGAGUUGAAAUCGACUUGACAGCGUCUAACAACAACAACAACAGGCUUACAUAAGGACUAACCCCACAGAGAUGCAGGCGGACCUCUCUACCAUCAAUAAGAAUAGUCAGGGGUGGAGUGUGUUUUGGACCAAGGACCCAUGGUCCCUGCACUGAGAAUCUCCCAGACUCAGAAGAAAGCAAAUGCUGAAGAUGACACAAGAUGACAGGAGACAGUUUGGGUGAGCCGGCCCCACCCACGGAACUAGAGCUGAGAGCCUUCAGGCAGGACGCUUACUGGGGGAGCUGAAAGAGCUUUACCACUGUUUUUAUACAGGCUAAGCUUUUUUUUUUUUUUUAAGCGAAGCCUGCGUGUGCCCCAUGCAUGGGGUACAUGCCUCCCCAUCCCCAGGCAGCAGGAGCCCGGGUGGUAUGGUGGCAAGAGAGCCCCACAGACCUGGAUGGUGAGGCAGGAGCCAGCAGUGGAGCAGAAGCCUCGGGCAGCAGUGACGUGAACACGACGCCUGCCCUGAACUGUGGCGCACUUGCCCAGCUGCGUAAGAACGGGCUUGGGUAAUUUGGGGAAGAGUAAGCGUUUCCCUUUGGGGAAUCUGCUGUUAUUAUUUACUGUUUGCUUUGUAUAAAUAAUAAUAGUAAUGGCUUUCACUUUGUCAAAACUGUGUAUGUUUCUCAUGUGUCCAGCUGCAUGACAGAUGAACGCAGCACCCAUGGAAUGGUUGAUGCCAGUGGGUGUCUAUGACUCAUUCCCAGCAUUCUCAGGGCUGCCUGGAAGCUUGAGGCACAGCCUGUCUGUGAGUGCAAUGUGGACAGACACAUGUACAUACAGCUGCAGACUCUGAUUGUAGUUCCGGGAGGAGCCUUCCUUCCUGCAUUUCUAGCAAGCUCCCAAUCUUCUGCCCACUCCUUGGAUGCUGUGAAGAGCCUCUCCAGCCUCACACUUUGCCUCGUGUAGGUGACGCAGCCCUUUUCCUUUUCUUUCUCAGUGCACUGAUGGCCCCAGCACAGGGCUCUGACUCCAUAGCCCUUGCUAUUACUCUUUCGCCUGUACUUCUAAAACGUCUCUUUCCUCCAGCACUCUGCUCCACACCACUGAUGGAGGCUCCAUUCAAUGGGUAGACCACCACUCGCCAGCAGCCGUCAGUGCUCCAUCACCGCGACGGUGGCGUCCACACUACCAGAAUCUCAUUCAGAGCCUGCUCUCUAAGUUCACGACUGACACCAAUCAUCAUAGAUUGUGCUUUCCAGGAGACAGACCCUGAGACUUUGAGAUCUUUGUGGGACCCUGUGUGAGCCAAGGGAAGCCAGAUGGGGCAGCAUAGAAGCUGGCCUGUGAUGUAGCUGCAGCACAUCCUGUGAGGGAACCUUGAACUGAGGUGUCCUUUUAGAGGCAUUCCAAUCAAGGAGCGAAGGCCUUUGUCCCUGUACACCAGCCAGGCACACGCAUAAGCACAUACUCUCACACACACUAUACAGCACACACAUACAUGCAUAUGCUCACACACAAUACACAUGUAUACACACACCACACACACGCACACACACACACACACACACACCCUAAAGUCUGCCCCCAGGCAAGGGUUAACCAUGGCAACUGCUUCCUUCAGCUGAGGACAAUUUCUGGAGAGGGACUGAGCUAGGACAAGAAGCCAACAUUCCUGGCAUCUGGGGGAGUUAAAGCCUCAGUGCUGGAGGGGAAGCUGGGCAGCUCACCGCAGUGUCCACCAAAACUAAAUUGCUGCUGUCGAGUUGGUUCCAUCUCAAGGAGGCCCCAUUUUAUCAGAGUAGGACUGCACUCCACUGAGUUUUCAGGGGCUGUGAUCUUUUGGAAGUAUAUACCGGGCCUUUCUUCCAAGGUGCCUGUGGGUAGAUUCAAACCACCAGCCUUUCAUUUAGUUAACUAUUUGUACCACCCAGGGACUUAAUGGUGUCCACUACAAACUAAAGAAUGUAAAUUUUUUAAAAUACAUAGAGUAUUUUCUUUUAAAAAUUUGAUAAAAUGUAAAAAAGUGAAGUAUCCGAUAUGUAUACAUAUAUAUUAGUUAUAGAUAUGCAUCUAUAUCUAUAUAAAGAAAAGCUAGGGAAUAAUUUGCACAAAAAUCAAUGUUAUAGUUGAUUAAAUUCAAUAUCGUAGUUGACUGGGUGGAGGGAGGAUUGGCUAUCCGAGAUGGCAAACAGGAGCUAAUGAAAUGUUGAAGUUCUCUUCUGAAGCUGGGUGGCUGAUACAUACUAUUUAAAAUUUGUGUGGUGUUGUUAUUGUUAUGUGCUGUCGAGUUGGUUCAGACUCAUAGUGACCCUAUAGGACAGAGUAGAACUGGGUUUUCAAGGAGUGGCAGUUUGAUUCAAACUGCCGACCUUUUGGUUAGCAGCCCAGCUUUUAUCUUACAAUUUUGGUAUAUUUCACAUUUUUCUUCUAAAGGAGAGAACAAUGAAAGUAUACACAAAUGAUUGGUGUUUUGGAUAAACAUUAAACCUAAAAUAAGUCCACAGUGUGAUGUGAGUGCUGAAAUAUUACAGUAAGGGGUUCCUAGUACCUCACUGGGGAAGAGAGAGGACCUUGUCCUGUUUGCAUUAUUAACAUGACUCCACAGCUCCAUGCAUGCAGAUCAAGACAAUCUCACAGAAGAAGAAACUCCCAGGUAUGCAGGGCUGGUUCAACAUUAGAAGAACAAUUAAUGUAAUCCACCACAUAAAUAACACAAAAGACAAGAAUCACAUGAUUUUAUCAAUUGAUGCAGAAAAGGCAUUUGACAAAGUUCAACACUCAUUCAUGAUAAAAAACAUUCAUUCAUGAUAAAAACUCUCAGCAAAAUAGGAAUAGAAGGAAAAUUCCUCAACAUAAUAAAGGGCAUUUACACAAAGCCAACAGCCAACAUCACCCUAAAUGGAGAGAGCCUGAAAACAUUCCCACUGAGGUCAGGAACCAGACAAGGAUGCCCUUUAUCACCGCUCUUGUUCAACAUUGUGCUGGAAGUCCUAGCCAGAGAAAUUAGGCUAGAUAAAGAAUUAAAGGGCACCCAGAUUGGCAAGGAAGAAAUAAAAUUAUCUCUAUUUGAUGACAUGAUCUUAUACACAUAAAACACUAAGGAAUCCACAAGAAAACUACUGAAACUAAUAGAAGAGUUCAGCAGAGUAUCGGGAUACAAGAUAAACAUACAAAAAUCACUUGGAUUCCUCUACACCAACAAAAAGAACAUCGAAGAGGAAAUCACCAAAUCAUUACCAUUUACAGUAGCCCCCCAAAAGAUAAAAUACUUAGGAAUAAAUCUUAACAGAGAUGUAAAAGACUUAUACAGUACACUUCUGCAAGAAACCAAAAGAGACUUACAUAAGUGGAAGAACAUACCUUGCUCGUGGAUAGGAAGACUUAACAUUAUAAAAUGUCUAUUCUACCAAAAGCGAUCUUUACAUUUAAUGCAAUUCCGAUCCAAAUCCCAACGACAUUCUUUAAUGAGAUGGAGAAACAAAUCGCCAACUUCAUAUGGAAGGGAAAGAGGCCCCGGAUAUAUAAGGCAUUACUGAAAAAGAAGAACAAAGUGGGAGGCCUUACUUUACCUAUUUUAGAACCUAUUAUACUGCCACAGUAGUCAAAACAGCCUGGUACUGGUAUGACAACAGAUACAUGGACCAAUGGAACAGAAUUGAGAAUCCAGCCAUAAAUCCAUCCACAUAUGAGCAGUUGAUAUUUGACAAAGGCCCCAAAGCAGUUAAAUGGGGAAAAGACAGUCUUUUGAACAAAUGGUGCUGGCGUAACUGGAUAUCCACCUGCAAAAAAAUGAAACAAGACCCAUACCUCACUCCAUGCACAAAACUAACUCAAAAUGGAUCAAAGACCUAAAUAUAAAAUCUAAAAUGAUAAAUAUCGUGGAAGAAAAAAUAGGGACAAUGUUAGGAGCCCUAAUACAUGGCAUAAACAGUAUACAAAACAUUAUAAAAAAUGUAGAAGAAAAACUAGAUAACUCGGAGCUCCUAAAAAUCAAACACUUAUGCUCAUCCAAAGACUUCACCAAAACAGUAAGAAGACUACCUACAGACUGGAAAAAAGUUUUUAACUAUGAUAUUUCUGAUCAGCGCCUGAUCUCUGAAAUCUACAUGAUAUUGCAAAAACUCAACUGCAAAAAGACAAAUAACCCAAUGAAAAAAUGGGCAAAAGAUACGAAUAGACACUUCACUAAAGAAGACAUUCGGAUAGCUAACAGAUAUAUGAGGAAAUGUUCACUCUCAUUAGCCAUUAGAGAAAUGCAGAUCAAAACUACAACGAGAUUUCAUCUCACUCCAACAAGGCUGGCAUUAAUCCAAAAAACACAAAAUAAUAAAUGUUGGAGAGGCUGUGGAGAGAUUGGAACACUUAUACACUGCUGGUGGGAAUGUAAAAUGGUACAACCACUUUGGAAAUCGAUUUGGCACUGCCUUAAAAAGCUAGAAAUAGAACUACCAUACAAUCCAGCAAUCCCACUCAUUGGAAUAUAUCCUAGAGAAAAAAGGGCCCUUACACAAACAGAUAUAUGCACACCCAUGUUUAUUGCAGCACUGUUUACAAUAGCAAAAACAUGGAAGCAACAAAGGUGCCCUUCAAUGGAUGAAUGGAUAAAUAAAUUAUGGUAUAUUCACACAAUGGAAUACUACGCAUCGAUAAAGAACAGUGAGGAAUCGGUGAAACAUUUCAUAACAUGGAGGAACCUGGAAGGCAUUAUCCUGAGUGAAAUUAGUCAGUCGCAAAAGGACAA